GUGUAACCAAGGCCGGCGCCUCAUCACAGCCGCGGCACUCAGAUACAAAGGCAACGCCUCCUAUGUCUUGAGAGCCCCUUGUGACUUGUGGCGCUCGGGCUUCUGAUUGGCUGAAGGAAGAAGGAGGGCGGGGCGCGCUUCAUUUUUUUUUUCCGGUAAAGAGUUAAAAGAGUCAGUUUUUAACACUCGCUUCCGUGUUCCCACAUGAAGGACAUGCGGGGCUAAAACGACUAUACAGAUAAAUAUAGAUUUCGAAAACAGAAUGGGGGGGGGGGGAGAACCGAAUUAGAACAGUGUAACGAGAUUCUUCGCGUUAUUACGCGCUCCUCGAAACACAAGUUCUCCGCCUGCUGCAGACAGGCAGUUUGAGCUCCUGCCCCAUAAAUGUCGUCUCUUCCCUGGUCAGACGGUGACCGGAAAUGAUGUGGCGUUAAUUUUUGCACUGUGUGCCUUCCGUUCUUCGCUCAGCAAAAGCAAAUGUUCGCAGCCCGAAAGAGCGACAGAAGCAGCCAUGUUAGAGUUCCCAUAGGCGCCUCCGAGCAUGUGCAGAGUUCCCUUCACACUCGCCCCGCCGCCGCCAUUUAGCAGUAUCAAGAUCAUAAAGAAGUGUUAACAUUAAAACAUGACGCGCAAAUCCAUAGAAUAAAUUAUGGGUUAAUUGGUUAAAGCGUGGCAUUGAUAACAUCAAGGUCACAGGUUCGAUCCCCAGGUGGGACAGCAGCAUAUUCCUUCACUGCAGGGAGUUGGACUAGAUGGCCCUUAGGGUCCCUUCCAACUCUACGGUUCUAGAGAAUCAACACAUCGAGAGGUUAUCAAGCAUUCCCAAAGUCCCAUUUUACAGCAAGGCAAACCUAGACCAAAAGACGGUUGCCAAGGUUUGAUUGUGUAUGCACUACUGUAGAUAUUUAAAGCACACAUUUCAUCCCUCCAGAAAAUCAUGGGGAACUGUAAUUUGUUAAGGGUGCUGGGAAUUGUAGCUCUGCGAAGGGUAAAAUACAGUUGAUAGAAUUUGAGAUGUAGGAGUUGCACUUUAUUGCAUCAGAGUUGCACUCUUGUAUGCACUCUUGUAUGCAUCAAAUAAAGGAAUGAAUGAAUAUGCAGGGUGUCUUUGUUCAAAGGGAUUUAUCAAAAGAAAAAAAGAGAUUUAAGGGCAAAGUCUGGCCAUAUACCAACAAUACAGGGAGAUAUCUAGUACUCACAAUAAGGCAGUUAAAGUCGGUCUACUCUUCAUCACUUGGGAUAACAUUUGGGUUUCACAUGAUGAAAUGCCCCAGUUAUACAUCACUCCUUAAUAACUUGGAACCAGUUUACCUACGAGAUUGCCUUGUCCCACAUAUGCCCACUCGACUGCUUCAGUUGGUGGAAUUGGCACUAAGUACCACAGGUGCCACAUAAUAAAUACCCUGGCUAUUGAGAUCAUGUAGGCACCUUCACCUUUACUCUUCAGUGCCUGCUUAAAACAUUAUUGUUUAGGUAAGCCUACCCAGAUGCUUAGAAAGUUGAAGUAAUUUAAAUUUGUUUUAGUAUUUUAACUUUUGAAUGUUUUGAAGUAGGGCUGGGAAUUUUUCAUCCUUUUGCUGCUUCUUAUCUUUUUGUACACCCUUUGAGGGGUUUUUUUCUCCAUUUUAAGCAGUAUAUGAAUUUCAUUCAAUACUUAAAUGAAUAAUACUUAUAUAUAUCAUUUACAAAUUUAUAAUCUGUUUAUAAUAAACACAUAGCAAGACAGAGUACAACAUAUAAGGAUAAAAUGAUCCAAAGAUCCAUAAAAACAUAAAGAUAUAUUAGAACUGGGUAAAGGAAAAAAGGAAAUCAUAUUGCAAAGGCCUGUCUAAACAAGUUUUCAAAGGAUGCCUGAAGGAAAGGAAGGGUGGUGAUUAUUAUUAUUACUAUUAUUUUAAAAGUUUAUUUAUUAUUCAUUGGAUUUGUAUAUGGCCUUUCUUCCCAGACAGCUUACAGUUUAAAGCACAAAGACAUAAUACAACAUUCAAAAUUGGGGUGGCGGUGGAGACUUCCCUUGCGUGUUGGGUAAUUAUUAUACAAAAUCAACUAAUGUACUGUUUAUAUUUCGGAUAGGUUUUGCAACAAGUGUGAAUCUGGUUUAUCCCCGCGGAUGUUAGGCACCCAAACCAAACCGUUUCAGUGUCCCCAACCAAGCAGAAUACUUUGAAUGCCUUAGAGACGCUGGAGCGGGUUCAAAUGGGGGAAGAUGUACAGAAGAACGAGCCAAAAGGCAGGGCAUCGGGGCUCUCAGAGGGGCUAUGCCAGGGAGGCGGGCACCAGCCUCUUGGAAGGAGGAGUUUGCCAGCCGUCAGUCCGCUUUCCUUUGCAAGCAAACACACCAUUUAUUUUUGUUUGCUUAUUUCACAGCGAUAGUCACAUCUGGAAAGGUGGCGAACAAGUGGGCGAGGAAAGAGAACCGCAGCCUUGGAGCAAGGGCUAGUAGCAGCCAUGGGCAGGUGCGCUAAGAUGGCAAAAAUGCCGAUGGAGUGGUUUGUUCAGCGUUGCCAGGCUCUCCUCGCGGCGUCUGGCUCGGCGUUGCGCCAGGGAUACUUGACUUUGCCGCUGGUAAGUUUGACAUCACUACGUUGCAAAGUUGAAGAGCGAAGGGAGAGCCGAAAUUGAGCAAAAGCAAGCGAGAGCCACAGGGGAAUUCCCACAACAUGACGUCGCACCUCUCUUCCCCGGCAUUAAAAGACAAACUUUAAACUUGGCGGGGCGAGGGGUGGAGAGAAUGUGGCUAUCAUAUGGGUUUAAAACAAACAAAAAUAUUUCCCUUGAAUUUAAUGAUCGUGGGGUUUUCUCAAGUUAAGUUUUACUCAGGAGUAGAUCCAUUGAACUCAAUGGAGCUAGGUUAGAUGCGUCCAUUUUCAAUGGGUCUACUCUGAGUAGGGCUGCUAACAUUGGAUGCAGCCUCAUGAGCCAAUGUCUGAAAUAAAAAAAAUAUAGCUUCUCUCUUUGGAAGAAUAAAACUAUCUCAAUGCUUUUGGCAAGCAACACUGGUUCUAACGUCUUGAAAAAUUAAUGCUGUUUCUUGCAAAGAUGAUGUUGGCUAAGGACGAUGCAUCUCUGGCAAAUUGCCAUGGACAUAGUUUUGUUUUACAGUGCAAUUUCUCCUCGGAAAUUAGCUGGGUUUUAUAGAGUUUGUUCCCUGGGUGUGUUUGGCUUGUGCAAAAGUUCACUGUGAAUUGCAGCUUUUCUUUGCUGUUGUAAAAGGUAAAUAAGCUGCCCUAUCAAUAAUAAACUUGAAAACUAUUUUAAUGCAUCAGAAGAAUUCCUGGUUUAAUUUUUACCGAGGUUUUAAUGAUUUAGCAAAACAUUAAAUUGCAGCUAAUUUUUGUGUGUCUCUUUCUCCCCAUUGGGGAUUAUGCAGCUUAUAAAUGAGUUUAAUGCAGAGGUGACCCACCCCACGGCAUCAGGAACAGGACUUUGCAAGCAUGCAUAAGGGUGGUUAUGCUAGAUGUAUUUAAAAGGUUUCAGUUCUGCCUCCCCAUUUCUGUGGUGGAAUAAGAAACUCCUGUGUUGCUCUAUGGCAGGGAUGAGGAACAACAGAUAUGGUUGCAGUACCAUUCUCCUCAAUCCUGUCACUGGCCGUGCUGGCUGGAGCUGUUGGAAAUUGGAGUCCUAAUACAUAGGGAGGUUAGAGCUGGAAAUGGAUCAAAAAAGGACAGCCAAAAUGAGGAAGUGGGCAGAGGAAAGGUUUGUUGAGACAAAAGACGAAUAAGUAGCAGCAUGAUAGAGGUGUAUGGCAAGGAGAAAGUGGACAGAGAAUUUUUCUCUCUCACACACACAAUACUAGAACUCAGAGACAUCCCAGUGAAGCUGAAGAUCGGAAGGUUCAGAACAGACAAAAAAAUUAGUACUUCUGCACUCAGUGGCUCCCAAAAUUGGGUCUCCAGCUGUUGUUGGACUACAACAGCAUCCCUGACCACCGGUCCUUCUAGCUGGAGACCCAAGUUUGAGAAACAUUGAUUUGAAUUGGCUCCCACAAGAGGCAGUGACGGCCACCAACUUGGAAGGCUUCAAAAGAGGAGUAGACAAAUUCAUGGAGGAUCAAGUUAUCAAUGGCUACUAGCCAUACUGGCUAUGUGUUGGAGGUAGUAUGUCUCUGGACAGCCGUUGCUGGGAAUCACAAAUGGGGAGAGCACUGUUGUACCUGGGUCCUGCUUGCAGGCUCCCAUCAGGCAUCUGGGGUUGGUCACUGUGAGAACAGGAGGCUGAAGUAAACAGACCUCUGGUCUCAUCAAACAAGGCUCUUCUUAUGUUUUUAUGUCACAAGUUCUCCACUCCUGUGGUGUUAUUAAACAAGCACUGUUUCCCCGUCUCCCAGACACAUUUCCUGCUUUUCAGAAUACUUCAAUGACCUGUAUUUACAUUGUCUAAGUUUGGAGGCCUAUUCAGCUGAUGUAUGAUCUGGUUUCUUCUCCCCACCCCAUCCCUCCUCCAGGUUGUGAGUUUCUCUUUGCUAAUGUAUCCAGUGCUGAGAACCCUUGUCCUCCAUUUGCACUCUGCUGUUACUGGUAGCUAUAUUCCUGGAUCUCAUUCAAUUGCACUCGUCAAUUGCCCCAACGAACAGACUGCUAGAGACAUUGCAAGGUAGGGUGACUUGACACAUUCUUGGCCCAAGCGGGUCAAUGAAUAAUUGAAAUAUACUAGUUUGUUGAAGUAUUGAGUGGCUUGUUUCUGCUAUUGUUACACACAGCUGAGAACAUUCCACUCUUUAUUCAGAGGUUAAGAGAUCAAGGUGGGAUGGGAAUGAGCUUCUACAGAGCAGAGUCAUAUUUCUCUUAUACAGAGCUAGACCAUUUGUCUAUCUAGCUCUCAAGGAUCAGAAAUGAGGGGAGUUAUAGGCCAAGAGUAAGGUCUAGGUCUGUGGAACAACAUUCCUGUCAAGACAUGACAGGAACCCACUAUCUGCACCUUCCAGAAACAAUUGAAGAUGUUUUUUUUGUUGUUGUUGCUACAGGAUUUCUCAGCAGGAUAAAUGGGUCUUUACCAUGAAUGUCCAUAGUGUUUUAUUCUUGUUUUAAAUGUAUUUGAGUUUUGCAGUUUAUAUGAAUUGCCUUCAGAUGGUGGUUUAGAAGGUGAUUAAUAAAUUAGGAGGAGGAAGAGCUGGAGGGUCACAAAUUCAUAGCCCUAUCAAGCCAAUAUUCAUAAGGACUAGAAUCUUACUUCUAAAAACAAAUGUGAAUUUGGCACUUGUGUCAGCAAUCAGACCACAUAAGCCUUGCCCAUAAGUUCCAUAAAGGGGACGUGGCAAGCAGCUUUGAAAAGUCAGAGAGGGGAAAUUCCACAUGUCCAAAGUCGAGCAUGGUGGGAUUACACCCAGCUUCUGUUUCUGAGUCUGAAUUGCUCUCUGUUUCAAGCACUCUCUGCCAAUGAAAUGUUUACCAAGCAAAGCAGAGUUCCCUGGGGCACCUCUGUAUAAAUAGAGAAACUUCUCUCCACCCCACCUCUUGCCCCAUAAGCAGAAAGGAAGUACGAACUGUUUUGCCAAGAAGUCCCAAGUCCAAUCCCUCCAAGCUGGGCUGAGAAUGAUUCUUCUCUGAAUCCAUGGAGAGCUGUUGCCAGUCAGUGUGUAGAUGAUGCUGGACUGAUGUUCUAACUCAGCAGAAAGCAGAUUUUUGUGUUCCUGUUCGUGUGUACAUGUCAUGCACAGUGAGCAACUCCUGAACUCAGAUGGUGAGCAAUGAUAAGUCUGGCUCUCAGAAGGAGCUACUGAGAAAGAGGAGAGAAGAAUCAACAUGUUUGGAGCAACUCUGAGGUUCACAGGAUUACAACAAAUCUAAGGUUGUUGUUUCUUUAAGGGAUGGGUGGCAAAAUCAGUAGCCAUGGUAUUUGGAGCAUCCUGGGACUUUGCCUGAGUAAAUCCAUCCUCUAGGAAGCUGUCUGAAAGAGAAAAUCCACUGGAAGAAAAGAGGUCACGAUACAAACAACAGCUGCCUUUUUAUCCUACCCUUGAAAAAGGUCCCACUCUUCACUGCUUCUGUGUAAGGGAAAGGAACUAAACUUAUUUCCAUGCAUCCCCCACUGUGGACGUUUUGACUGUCUGGACUUUGCUCUUAAAAUGGUGUGCUAAGCGCAGCUCUCAUCAUGAUCCAAUAUGUGGAUUAAACAUUGUUCAGUCCUUUUGGGAACAGGGUGUUUUUGCGAAAUAACUUUGGUGCAUCCACUGUCUGCUUAAGCAAUGGUGUGUCAUGACACUCCCCUAAAUAAAUAACCUAAAAUUGCAUAAGGGGCACACACAGAAAAUGUGUGUCAAGACUGUUAUUUAUUAUCACUAAGGACAAGUGUUGUUUAUUAUCACUAAGGAUCAGGCAGGACUACUGCAAAACAAAGAACUUUGUUUAAACAAGCUUUUUUUUAACUCCUCCCUUUCUCUGACCCUCCUGCUCACUCUGCAUACUUUCUGAGUUGAUCACUUCCAGGUAGCUUUCUCUUAACCUAUGUCUUCCUUUUGUGUCACUAAGUUUCGCAUGUUGACCACUGUCCUAGCUCUCUUACUUAGUUCCACAUAAAAAGGUUAAGGUAAAGGUACCCCUGCCCGUACGGGCCAGUCGUGUCCAACUCUAGGGUUGUGCGCCCAUCUCACUUAAGAGGCUGGGGGCCAGCGCUGUCCGCAGACACUUCCGGGUCACGUGGCCAGCGUGACGAAGCUGCUCUGGCGAGCCUGUACCAGCACAGCACACGGAACGCCGUUUACCUUCCCGCUAUAAAGCAGUACCUAUUUAUCUACUUGCACUUAAGGGUGCUUUCAAACUGCUAGGUGGGCAGGAGCUGGGACCAAAAGACGGGAGCUCACCCCGCCGCGGGGAUUCGAACCGCCGACCAUACGAUCGGCAAGUCCUAGGCGCUGAGGUUUUACCCACAGCGCCACCCGCGUCCCCCUAGUUUCACAUACAUUAAUGCAUAUUUCCUUUUAUAACUUUAACAAAAUAAAGUUAUUAUUACAGUUAACUAUAUAGUUUUAAAAGUCCAUAUACCCCCGUGAAUAUGGACCCUAAAUCGGCAACGUACAGAGAGUUGUUAAUUGAAACAGAAAACCAGUUAAAAUUGAAAGACUUUAAUGACGUUAGAGAGAAUGUAACAGAUUGGUUACAAUAUUUUCAGCUAAAUGAAAUGCUUAAGAAUGAUAAAAAGAUGGGAUUUGCUUAUGAAAUUUCAACUUUUCAGACAGAAAUAAUGGAAAAUGAUAUGAAAUUAUUAUCUAAAAUGUACAAUCUGUUGCUGGAAUGGGAAACAAAGGAUGAAGAGGUCAAAUCAGUCAUGAUUAAAUGGGCACAAGAUGUGGGACACAAUAUUCAGAUGGCAGAACAGGAAAGGUUAUGGAGGAAUGAUAUAAAAUUCACAGCAUGUGUGGCGAUUAAAGAAAAUUAUAUGAAAAUGAUGUAUAGAUGGUACUUAACUCCAGUUAAAUUAGCAAAUAAUGUAUAAAACUAGGGAAAGCAAGUGUUGGAAAUGUAAAGCAACAGAAGGGACAUUUUUUCAUAUGUGUUGGGAUUGUAAAAUUAUAAAGAAAUAUUGGGAAAUGAUUUAUAAUGAAUUGAAGAAGAUGUUUAAAAUAACCUUUGUCAAAAAACCAGAAGCUUUCUUGCUAGGUAUUAUAGGAGUGAAACUACCAAAAUUACAAAAGAACUUGUUUAUGUACGCUACAACAGCUGCACAGACUUUAUUAGCACAACACUGGAAAGGCGAAGGUGUCCCGAAGAUUGGCACGUUAAACUAAUGCACUAUUUUGACAUGGCAAAAUUGACGAUGAAAUUAAGAGGAAGAGACGACAAUGAAUUUAAGGAAGAGUGGAAGAUGUUUAUUGCAUAUAUACAGAAGCAAUGUACACAGGCUAAUACAUUAGCAGGGUUUUAAGUUUACUUGUAAUUUUACAAUUAAUGGAUAAUAGGUGAUUUAAAUAUGUUAUAAAUUUAACAAUGGACACACAGCAUGUCGAUAAAUAAUAGAACCAAGGAAGGGAUUAGACUGAGGGAAGUCAAUCUGGUUUGUUUUUGUGGGGUAUUUUUGGAAAAUCAAAAAAAUAUUAUUUUUUAAAGAGAAGAGCUGCUUCGUUCUAUAUGCAUUGAUACAAAGGCAGUGGUGACUGGUGCCCAUUAGAACUGAUAGGGUGCAUAGGAGACAACUACAGGGGGCCGUGGGUGCAUGGGCACCCACAGUAAUAUAAUUGUAGGGGCUGGGCACCCACACAAUCAAUGAAAAAAGCCAGCAGGCAGCAGCCUUCUGCAGUCAGCCCAAUGCACCCUUUUCCGGGGGGGGGGGCUCAGACUCGGAGACAGAGUCCAAGCCCCCCUCUCUGGAAAAGGGUGGCUCACUGGCUGUGGAGACGGGGAGGAAGAGGAGCUGCCGCUGGUCGCUGCAAUAUAGACGUUUGAUGUCAUACAUAAUGCAGACGUUUGUUGUCAUACGUACAUGCCUGCAUGUAGUGCAUGGGACAUCACACGCACCAUGUGCAGGUGUGUGCAUGUGAUGUCACACAUCCGCGUUGUGGCAGCGGGCACCCAGGAUCCUGAAGGUGAGAUGGCAUCCCUGAUAGGGUGGAAACCCAGCCAUAGGGGGUGCCAGAGCCAAUGCUAGUCAAAGCCAAAUGAUUAUUCUUUGGUCACCAUCCUCCUCCCUGCUGAAUUCUGCAAGGGAACACUGAGACUAGGGAGGAGUAAAUUGGCAGGCAGUGCCGUGCCCUAGGUUGGUUGUAAGUAUAAAAGCAGGUGCAGGCAGGUGGAGUCUGUCUGAGAGCAUACAGAGGCUUUUGGGAUUGUGCCCCAUUUGCCCUAAGGGACUAGCCUCUCUGUAAGGUCCCACCCACCUGUCUGACAUGCUGGUUGUUCAGAUGCAAGUAGCAUGCGUUUUAUUUUAUUAUCAGGGAGCAACUUUGGAAGAGCCUUAACACUUAACUUUGCAGAGUGGGCAGUACCAGCUUUGUGUUUCAGAGGCGGGCAGCAGUUUCCUAUAGAAGGUGUUUCUCCCUAACAUUGAAAUCUGAUGCCUACCUCCCUUCAGUGGGGAGUAAGCCCCGCUGAACACAGCAAGAAUUACACCUGAGUGAGUUACAAAUAGACUUAGGAUGCACAGUGAAUGGCAUUUCCUUCCCAGUCUCCUGAGGCUAGGCUGAAUGGCAUGAAGCUGUUGUCUGUCGCCAUUCUGGGUCCUUGGGUCCUGGAGCUGUAGCCUGGAUGUGCGGUGCGAUGCUGUGUUGCCUGUGGUGGCUGUGUGCAGUGCGCGGUGGACAGCUCAGCAGGAUCCCAUCCUCGUCGCCAGUGAAAUAUACUCGGAGUCCUGUAGUGAUUUCAUGCUCUUUAUUGCAGCUUGUAAUACAGUAGUUGAAUUGCCCCCCCCCCAAACCUCAGGCUUUUAUAUACAGUCAUACCCUGGGUUGAAUAUGCUUCAUGUUGAGCGUGUUCGAGUUGCGGAAGUAACGGAGCGUGUUACUUCCGGGUUUCGUCGCUCGUGCAUGCACAGGCGCUCAAAAUGACAUCACGCGCAUGACAUCAUCCGCUCCAGAACAGAUCCCGUUCACAUCCCAAGGUACCACUGUACAUUAUUUACGCAAUGAGACCCGUCUGAUUGGCUGAUUCUGCUUCCCUCCUGGAGCCUGAUUGGUCUUCUCCUGCAAACCAAUCAGCUGUUGCAUUCUAGGAUCCUACUUACCUAUUGUUCUAGGAUCCAAGCUUAGUACAUAACACCCAGGGUUUAACAUCUUGCUUACACCUUGGAUAUUUUGAAUCUAACUUUUUCCUUCUGAGAUUUGUGGCAGAGGAGACUGUACCAUAGUGUAGGCUGGACUAUUAAGAUACUGCCCUGUCAGUUCCAGUCUUUCCUCAACUGCCUGUUUGCUUACAUCCAGCCCUGGGGGUGAUACUAAUCAUCAGCUUCCUCCUCCUUAGUCCCCUUGCAGAACUCUAUAUGGAGGAAGAUGAGGGCAAAACUAGAAUUAUUUGGUUCUGGCCACUCCCUGCUUUCUGCCCCACUGGUGUCCUGAUCACCACUCCUCAGGCGGAGCUCAGCAGCCUGACUAUGGUUUAAGCCAUUUGGCAUUCAGCAUAAAGUGUGCCUAUUUAUAUUCCCCAGGCAUUCCAAGACGCAGCAUUGCAGUGGGAGUAUUAGCAGCCAGUACUUUCUUGAUCAUCUGACUGUAAAUGGUGGAAUAUAAAAUGCCCUGAGAUCUAUAAAUAGAAUACAGAAAACAAGCUUAUUCAACUCUGGGUGAAUUUGAGAGAGAAAAGUGGGAGAAAGCAAAUUCCAGACUAGAGAUUAUUUGGGAAGGGAUUGCAAAUAAUUCCAGGCUCCAUAAUAGCAUUAUAUAAAUGAAUGCUGAGGCUGCCUUUGAAACACUGCGCCCAGUUUUGGUUGCCCAAUCUGAAAAAGGAUAUCACAGAGCUGGAAAAGGUGCAAAUAACAGCAACACAAGUGAUCAAGGGGUCGAAGCAACUCCCCUAAGAAAAAAGGCUACAUCAAUAUUUUUCCCCUAGUUUAUUUAAAGUAAGAUGAGGAUCGUGAUUGUAAAUAAACUAGGGGAAAAAUAUUGAUGUAGCCUUUUUUCUUAGGGGAGUUGCUUCGACCCCUUGAUCACUUGUGUUGCUGUUAUUUGCACCUUUUCCAGCUCUGUGAUAUCCUUGGGUUGCUCGUGCGUAAGUUGCCGCCUCUCCUGGCUUUGUUGCCUUGUUAAACCUUUCAGUCUGGACAGCCCUUCACUUCGUGGCUGCCUCAGUCGCUAGCAGAAUCCGUCAGUGGGCGUUUCUUAAACCUUUCCCAACAUAAAAGUUGUUUGACACCCAGUCUCCUCCUACUCUCUCUGCGCGGAGUCUGCUGCGCAGGGAGGGCGUGGGUAGCGGAGGACCCGUGCUCUCCCCGCUGGUGUCCGGUGAAGAGUCUGGGAGCCCUCUCGCCGAUUCCCCCAUCUGCCCCUCCUUAUUCCUGGUGUUGCGCUGAAUUGCUUCCCCAUCUGCUGAGCUGCCUCUCUCCCUGCUGGGCCCUUCUCCAGCAUCAUUUGAGAGCCUUCCCUCCGCCUCUAGCUCCGAUGUCAGUUCCCUGACAGUGAUAUAAAACAAAAGCGGGGGAACUUUUUCAAGCUGAGGGCCACAUUCCCUUCUAAGCAAUCUUUCGGAGGCCACAUACCAGUGGAGGGAAGGGCCAGAGGCAAAAGUAGGCAGAGGGACAAAUGCAAAUCUUACUUUUGUACAGUAGGCUGCUUUCUACUAUACACUCUCACCUCUGUAUCCUCCAUCCAAUAAAUCAAGAGGCGUGAUCAGAGUUCAAGGACACAUUCCAGCCAGGCAAAAACACUCAAGGACAUUGAGGGCAGGGCCAGUGAGGGAUGUGGCUAGGGAAAGAGAAGGUGACUAGGGAACCUGGGGGAUGUCCUAAGGGCCAGAUAGAGAGACAUCGAGGGCCACAUUUACCCCUCGCCAGGCCUGAGGGUCACCACCCCUGUCAUAUCACAAACCUGAUGGCACUGGGAAGCCAGUUGCAAGGAUACUUACAUGCCGAUUAAACUCUUCUGUUUCUCCUAGGGCAAUUAUGGAGAGAAAAUUGGCUGCUUGCGUGAAUAUCCUCCCCAAGGCCUCAUCCAUGUGAGUCAAGAACCAAACCCAUUUGACCACUCUGGAAGAAUCGUGUGUGAUUGUACGUCUCUGAGGAUACUCUGCAUGUUUUGUUUGGUUGUUUGUAAUUUUUAAGCAUACUUUCUUCUUGGCUUUUUGUAUAGGUAUAUUUGGAAUGGAGAGAUAGAGGAAACUACAGAGAUACUUCUGGUAAGUACAGUGGUGGCUGGUCCAUUAGAGUGAAUGGGGCACGAUUAACCUGCCCUCAGCCAGCCCCCACCUGCCUGCCUCAUUUCUUACAACUAGUCCAGUUUCCUCCCUCUCCCCUUUAAUCUCACUGUUGCCCCUUGUAGAACUCAGCAGAAAGGGUGGGGGACAAAACUAGAUGGAAGCAAAUUAUUUUGAAUCCCAAUAUCAAAUUUUACCAUCAUUCAUUAUUUCAUUUGUCCAGCUUUGUCCAUCUACAAAGUGGUCUGCUUGGCUACAGCUUCACAAAUAGACCUUAUCAUUAAUGCAUUGUGGUGAUGCCUAAUCCACAUAUCUUCCCUUUCUGUUACAGCUGAUGAAAACAAGGACCUCCAAAAUCAAUGAGUUGUCAGAAUAUAUCAGGUGAGGUUUCUUAUGUGGCUGUUUUUGUUUGUUGAUUUGUUUUGUUUUUGCAGAGGGGCAGGGACACGACACAGCUUAAAUCUGUCCCAAAGAGUUGCUUGCAGCCAGUGAUGGCUGGCUCCUAUUGGGACUGGUAGGACAGAAGGCAGGGAGCCCAACAGUAGGUGGUGCCAGAGCAGCAGAGCCAGCUGCCAUCCUCCUCCCUGCUGAACUCUACAAGGGCAACACUGAGACUAAGGAGGCAGAAGCUGUAAGCCAUGGCCACCCCCUAGACUGGUUGGAAGUAAGAAGGCAGGGCUGGCUGAGAGCAGGCUGAGGGUGAUGGUGCAGUGCCCCAUUCACUCUAAUAGACCAGCCUCCACUGCACUUAUCAAAAGUAUCUCUGUAGCUUCCUUUUUAUUUCCAUUCCAAAUACAGUGGUACAUCGGGUUAAGAACUUAAUUCACUCCGGAGGUCCGUUCUUAACCUGAAGCACCACUUUAGCUAAUGGGGCCUCCCGCUGCCGCUGCACGAUUUCUGUUCUCAUCCUGAAGCAAAGUUCUUAACCCGAGGUACUAUUUCUGGGUUAGCAGAGUCUGUAACCUGAAGUGUCUGUAACCCGAGGUACCACUGUAUACCUAUACAAAAAGCCAUGAUGAAAGUCUCAGCUUGGUGAAGCAGUGCUCUGUAAAUAGAAGCUGCUGUGUGACAAGUUUAAAAGUCACACACACAAAGUUAUCAGAUGGACAAGCCAGUCCUCAGAGUAAGAUGGCCCACCCACUGGGCACACUCUGGUUGUGGCCCUCUAUGCUGAAUACCAAAUCUGCAGCUGGUUGCAGGUUUGAGAGGGCUCCCUCAGUUUUUUUAGGAAGUGAUAACAGCCUGAAAGCACUCCCAAGCAGCUACUGACUGCCAUUGUGAUUUCCCACAAUGCAGUGUUACUCCAGGGCAUUGUGGGAAAUGAAAAUGGCUAUUUAUUUAUUUAUUUAUUUAUUUAUACAACAAGAAAAAAACACACACAAAAAACACAAAUACGAAAAUGGCUGUUUGUUGUAGACCCACCUGACCAGAAUGUAGGAGGUGGGUGGGGCCCACAUUGACACAAGUGGACACUGCCAUGAUGUUGAGGCCUUGUCAGCUGCCCUAGGAUAUCAGCUGCCUACACCAGGCCUGACCAGAUCCAGAUCAUGGUACCGUUGAGUGAAAAACACAAGCACAGUUUUGUCACCCUGCAACCUUCUAAUACAACAGUGGGAAGCCCACCAGCUGUGGGCCAGAUUUGGCCCACCAUACCUCCCAAUUUGGCGCAUUAAUCAGUUUUGCCCAAGUCACACCCAUCAGCCUCAUACCUGAGGUCAUAUGGGUGAGGUAGAGAGGAGUUCAAUCUUGCUUGGUUACUAUCUUCCCACUCCUGUUGGCCAACUGUCCAUCACCUGACAUGAUUGACAGCAUGGGCCUGCUGGCUGGAGCUGUAUCUUCUCCUACUAUGCCAAAAUGCUCCUGCACGCCUAUUCUGAUAUGUGGCUCAUAUACCCCUUUUACCUGUAAGAAUUCCAUUCUUGCUUCAUAGUAAGAUGCAGAUAAUCUGUGCAUUUCUUCCCUCAGCUCCUUGCAUCCAUUCGCAAUCCCCGAAUUUAUCAGCCUGCUCAUUGACCAGGGAAACCCGGCCUAUUUAAAAUGGAUGGAGGAGAGUAUCCCGUAUGAUUAGCCGUCAUCAUCCAGAAGAUGCUUCUGGACAGACUUUCCCAAAGGACUUGUGGAUAUUGCCAGCUACCAUAGCAUGACAGUCCUCUCUUUUCACAGACAUGGUCAAGGUGGAAAAGCAACUGAGAAUGCUCCGUUAGUGGUUCUGAGUUGCAUGAGAGCGGGAUCCUCUCUGGAAGAAACAGGAUCUUUGUGUUGCAACUUUCUCAGUCUUGCAGUUUUGGUUUAACAUUUUGUGGCUAUAAUGCUCCAAAGAAAGCAAAGUCUGAAAUGUCUCCUAACAUCCAGACAGGCUUGCACAGUUGCCUCUCUCACAUGUUCGCUGGUAUCUCAGAAACCAAGAAAAUUGAGUUUUAAGGAAUUUGGUGAACAAGAAGUAGCAGUGUGAGCCAACCCUAAGAUUUGGUUUGGACCCUGAUUAGGUGCUUCGGAAAACAGCUCAGUCUGAGACCCUUCAUGGGUUGCCCAAUUUGGCUUGGGAGGUACACAAGUCUGCUUCAUUUCCACCCACUCCAUUCACUAUUUCGGGGUGGCAGGGGAGGGGAGGCUAUAACUUUGUUCGCUUUUUUGCAAAAGUGGGUGAAAUUUACAGGCAUUGCAAUGGAUAAUUUACAAGCAUUGCAAUGCCAAAUUACAAGUAAAGAGGUCAAAGGGCUUUUGUACUAGACACUGUUAGAGACUGACUUUUAAAAACAAACAGAAACACCUAUAAUUUCUUAUUUUGGGGAGAACUGAGUGAAAUUUGCAGCCAUGAUAAUCCCUUAUGAGUGCAUGACACUUACUCAGAAGUGGUUUUCCUGCAAGGACAGCUGCCAUAGGUUGGGGGUGUGUAAAAAAGGAAUCAAGACCCUGAUGUUGGGAAAGAUGGAGGGCACAAGGAGAAGGGGAUGACAGAGGAUGAGAUGGUUGGACAGUGUUCUCAAAGCUACAGACAUGAGUUUGACCAAGCUGCGGGAGGCAGUGGAAGACAGAAGUGCCUGGUGUGCUCUGGUCCAUGGGGUCACAAAGAGUCAGACACGACUAAACGGCAACAACAGCAAAAAGGAAUCAACCUUCUUUGGUGUUUUGUCAGCAAUUGGGUCUGAAAAUUGCAGACAUGAGAUAGGUGACUCUGAAUCAGAGAUCUGCCAAAUUGCAGACAAAUAGGUUCAGGGGUUUGGUGGUUUGAUUUUGGGGUGGGAAGAAUGAAAAAGGAUUAUCUUUCUAGUGGGCUUCAGGGGUUCCCACUUCAGCUUGCACCCACCUCUGUGGAAAAUAUUAAUCACCUCCAAAAAACCUAAAAACCUUCUCAUUCUUUAAAUUCCCUAUUCUGGCUUCUCCCUAAAAAUAAAAAUAUAUAAGCACCUCUCUCUCUCUCUCUUUCUCUUUCUCUCUCCUCUGAAAAACACUACUCACUUCCAAUUCCAUUUGCCUAGACAUAAGUGGAUUUUGUCUGUGCUCCUUGCACACAGACUAAUCUCAUCAAAUUCAAUGGGUGGCUGCAAAUAGCUUCCAUCUCAUUCCAAAAUGGCAGCCUUUCCUGGCCUGGUGUCCUCCAACAUGCUGUCCUUCUCAUUGCUGGCCGAGGCUGGGAGUUGUAGUCCAAAACAUAUUGGAGGACACCAGGCUGAGGAAGGCUGGCACAAAGGCUUGCACGAUCAUUUUAAGUGCAUGGGAAAUUCCUCUUUAAUCUGCUGUCAGUCCAUUAUGUGAUAAAGCUCCUACAACAUCUGGAAAUGGAUUAUGCUCUCUUCCCCUCCUCAAAGUUAUUAGAGCUAUAGUAGCUAAAGCAAAAUGACAUGGUGUGUGUGUGUGAAGCUAAUCUGUUUAUUCCCCCACCGCUUAAAAUGCAGUUGUCAUUCUCUACUCAAAAACUGAGAAUUGAGGGGCAGAGGAUUUUUUUUUUCCUGGUUCUGCUACCAGGAACAAGCCCAGCUGAUUUUUUCAACUGGGAAGGGGGGGGGGGUUCAGUGCAGUGGAAAACUGGCAGGUGUGCAAAGGAUUGACCUAUGACUGCCCUACAACCCACCUUACCCCCUGUCACAAAUGUGUUGGUUAAAGAACAUUUCUAUCCCACCUUUUUGUUUAGAAAGCAAACACUUCAGACCGCUUAUGGCACCUGAAAAUUUAACGACUGUAGCCAACGAACUAUCCCCCUGCCUGCCAGUGUUGGGCAAGAAACACAUGUAUCCAACUAACAUCUGAAUAAUGCUUUCUGAAGCACAAGGGUAGAGAUCUUGAAACCUUUCAGAUAUUGCCAUGCUAAAGCUCCCGCCAUCACUGGAAGCAGAGUCCCAUCAACACGCAGGGGACAUUUUCUCUGCCCUUUGUCUACCACAGCUCAAGGGCUACAUGCCCUUGUGGGCAACCUCACGAGGGCCAUAUGCCACUGGUGGACAGGGCCAGAUGCAAAAAUGGACAGAACAAUGAAUGUAAAUUUCAUCUUUGUGCAGUCGGCUAAUUUCUAAGUGCACUCACAAAUAUCCUCCUGUGGCCUCCAUCCAGGCAGGCAAGAUGCAUUAUCAGAGCUUGAGGACACACUGUGCCCAGGGAAAAACACUCAUGUUAUGAAACAAGGGUGUGGUCUGAGCAUAGCUGUCAACUUUUCCCUUUUCUUGCGAGGAAUCCUAUUCGGAAUAAGGGAAUUUCCCUUAAAAAGGGGAGAAAGUUGACAGCUAUAGGUCUGAGAAGAAUCCCAAGGGUCAGAGAAGAGAGACGUGGAAGGCCACAUUUGCCACUUCCCCCACCCCACCCUGGCCUACAUUUUCCCUUUGUUUAUGCCUUUGCCUUGUUCCUUCCUCCCCACUCAACCCAGGAUCUCCCACCUCCCUUCUGGUCUUCCCCCCUGUGAAUAUCCCCACCCCCAAAUCUAUCACCUCUGCCAAACGCCUCACUUUGCUUUGCGCAGCAGAACCGUCUCCAUCCCAAGAAACACGAAUGCCGUGGUGAAGUUGAAAAAAAACAAACCACUUUAUUUUUAAUAAUAAUUGUACAUCUGUCAUAUUAAUUACAACUUGAAUAUAACAAAACAAAAGGUCAGUCAUUAAAGAGCAGCAAGUUGAAAGGACUGAAUCUUUUCUCUCUCUGGUUUUAAUAAGAAGGUGCACAGAAGCAUUAAGAACAUCAAUCCAAGCUAAUGUAAAAAGAGAGAGAAAAUCCCUCGGGAGGGGGGAAUGAUAUUUUUAGAGCCCCGCUUUCCCCCCCCUCCUCUCACUAUGGCAGAUUAGUCUGCUCUGUUGUGGGGCCUAGAUUUAAGUCGUGCAAUGAGAAACGUGCAAAUGCAACCACAUUCAGAUCUCUCUGCAGAUUACUGGUAAUGAUAACAGAUUCUUAACUUCAAAACAAUAAACAAAAAACAAAACAAAACAAAAAGUCAGUGCUUGGUCAUUUCAAUGUGUCAUCCACAAUGCUGUGCCCAGUACUUUUUUCAGGUAGAACUUGCCAGAACUCAGUUUUGGCACCUCUCAGGUGGGUGCCAUUGCCAUUCUAAGAGAAUGAGGGUGCCGUUCAUGGUGAAUUCCAGCACCUCUUUUUCUACAAAAAUAGCACUGGCUGUGCCUUUC